AUGUCGACCGCUCGCGCUUUCGUAACCCGCACCCUGCUUCCCGAGGCGUUGGGACAUCAUCCGGGAGGUUGCGACGUGACCGUGUGGCCGGAGGAAACGCCGCCAUCGGUCGAGGAACUGCGCCGGCACUGCGGUGAUGCCGACGGGAUUUCUGACCACCAUCAUGGACCGCGUGGACGCCGACCUGCUGGACGCGGCCCCACGCUGCGGGCGAUCAGCCAGUUGGCGGUGGGUCUGGACAACGUCGAUGUGGCCGAGGCAACGCGGCGGGGCAUCCCGGUGGGCUAUACGCCCGGAGUGCUGGCCAAGUCUACCGCCGACCUGGCGAUGGCUCUGUUGCUGGGCGCGGCGCGGCGCACGUCGGAGAGCGAACGCUGGUUGCGCGGCGGCGGCUGGCAGAUCCAGUUUCACCCCACCCACUGGCUGGGACAGGAUGUGCAUGAAGCCUGCCUGGGCAUUGUCGGAUUGGGUCAGAUCGGCCGUGAGAUCGCCAAGCGCGCCGGCGGGUUCGACAUGGACAUCGUGUACCACUCGCGCACCCGGUAUCCUGAUGCCGAAGCGGAGCAUGGCCUGCGCUACGCCGAGUUUUCCCGACCUGCUGGCGCAGGCCGAUUUCGUCGUUCUCAGUGUGCCGCUGACUCCGCAACGCAUCACCUGAUCAGCGGUCCGCAACUGGCGAUGAUGAAACCCUCGGCCAUCCUCAUCAACGUGUCGCGGGGCCGGUGGUCGAUCCGGCGGCGCUGUACGAGGCGCUGCGCGACGGGCAGAUCGCGCGGGCCGCCCUGGACGUGA